AUGUUUCUGAACUUGUCUACCCUCCCUAGGGGAACCCUGAAACCAUAUGCGGCUGAAUUCCUCGGAACAGCCCUCCUGAUUGUCCUGGGAGAUGGAGUGGUUGCACAAUGUCUCCUAUCGGAUUAUCAAUAUGGCACUUGGCUCUCUAUCAACAUGUCCUGGGCAGCCGCGGUCUGUCUCUCCGGCUAUCUUGCCGAUCCUAGUCCAACCAUUAACCCCGCCGUCACCAUUUGUACCGCGCUCAUUCGGCCUACACCAGGACAAUGGAAAAAGCUGCCGGGUAAAUUGCUCGCCCAGUUUCUAGGUGGUUUUGUUGGUGCGGCCCUUGUGUACGUCAACUACCGGUCGGCCAUUGAGUCCUGGGAUCCCGAGUAUACCAUUCCAGGCGGAUCAAUUUUGAGUCCGCAGGGACACCAUUCGGCAGGCAUCUUCUCGACUUAUCCUGCCUCCACUUUGGGGUCCAACUGGGAGGCUGCCUUUAACGAGCUGCUUGGGUCGGCAGUGCUCAUGUUUGGAAGUCUUGCCAUUUCAGACCCAUCGAAUGCUCCUCGGUUCUAUUCUCCCCAACUUUCCAGUUUUCUGCUCCUUCUUGCGAUCGGUGCUUCUUUGGGUUGGCAGACCGGAUAUGCUAUCAACCCGGCGAGAGACUUCGGCCCGAGACUGUUCUCUGCCAUCAUCUAUGGUAGAGAGGUAUUCACUGCAGCCAACUAUUAUUUUGUCGUCCCCCUGUUCGCCCCAAUUAUCGGCUGCGUUCUGGGAGCGGCAACGUAUGACUCUCUCCUCUAUGAAGGGGAGGGAUCUCAUAUUACGGAUGCUCUCGAUAAAGUUGGGGACCGGGAUGGAUCUCUCCGACUGGAUUGA